UUAUCUUAUCUAGGGAAAUGCAAAAAACUAUGACUUUUCAUAUUAAUUUAUUCCUAAAAAUAAGUCGCUCUCUCUCUCUCUCACACUGUCUCACACAGAGAAUAUGAGUGUCUAUAUGAACCUGUAUGCAUAUAUACUGCGUACACAGCGAUACCCGAUCGCCUACUUUUCUGGGUUCAGACUGUCAUCCGCCAUAUCUGUCUCUCCGGACACUCACUAACACAACACUGAAGCGUAUUUCAUGGGCGGUGCUUCGAGUCCUUGCGGAUCCAUGGAGGAGUUCCUCAGCAAGUGUCAGCCGUCCGGUGACGCAGCCUACAGUGCGCUCCGAUCACUCCUGGAACGCCUCGAGGACCCGAGUACCCGGACCGAUGCACGUGUCUUCCUGUCGGAGCUCCACAAGCGCUUCGAAUCUAAGGAAGCCUCCGAGAGUUGUCUCCGGACCUACCAUUUCCAAAUUCAGGACAUCUAUCUGGGACCACAUCAGGAAGAUUUCCAGAAGAGGAACAAACUUACGAUGAUGGUGAUACCCAGUAUCUUUAUGCCUGAGGAUUGGUCUUUCACCUUCUACGAAGGACUUAACAGACAUCCAGAUUCAAUUUUCAAAGACAAGUCUGUGGCCGAACUUGGUUGCGGCAAUGGAUGGAUAUCCAUUGCGAUUGCAGAGAAGUGGUCACCCUCUAAGGUAUACGGGCUUGAUAUUAAUCCAAGAGCAAUAAAGAUUUCUUGGAUAAAUCUUUAUUUGAAUGCUUUGGAUGAAAAUGGGCAACCAAUUUAUGACGGGGAGAAGAAAUCUCUACUUGAUAGGGUUGAGUUUCAUGAAUCUGAUUUGCUGUCUUACUGCAGAGACAACCAUAUAGAACUUGAGCGAAUCGUUGGAUGCAUACCACAGAUUCUUAAUCCUAAUCCAGAUGCAAUGUCUAAAAUUGUAACAGAAAAUGCUAGCGAAGAAUUCUUACAUUCCCUGAGCAACUAUUGUGCCCUCCAGGGCUUUGUUGAGGACCAGUUUGGUUUGGGACUGAUUGCAAGGGCUGUUGAAGAAGGGAUAUCUGUAAUUAAGCCUCAGGGGAUUAUGAUCUUCAAUAUGGGAGGCCGUCCAGGACAAGCCGUAUGUGAACGUUUAUUUGAGCGCCGUGGCCUGCGUGUUAAUAGGCUUUGGCAGACUAAAGUUCUCCAGGCUGCUGACACAGAUAUCUCAGCACUAGUUGAGAUUGAAAACAACAGUCGACACCGUUUUGAAUUCUUCAUGGGACUUGUUGGAGACAAACCAAUUUGUGCUAGAACAGCAUGGGCUUAUGCCAAAGGCGGAGGUCGUAUAUCUCAUGCUUUAUCAGUGUACAGCUGUCAACUCCGUCAACCUAGUCAGGUGAAGAAGAUUUUCGAGUUUCUCAAAAAUGGCUUUCAUGAUAUUAGCAGCUCUUUGGAUCUGUCCUUUGAAGAUGACUCUGUUGCGGAUGAGAAAAUUCCAUUCCUAGCUUAUCUUGCGAAUGUUCUAAAAGAAAUCUCAUUUUUCCCAUAUGAACCACCUGCCGGAAGCAGACGAUUUCGUAGUCUCAUAUCUGGCUUUAUGAAAACAUACCAUCAUAUUCCACUUACUGCAGAUAACGUUGUUGUGUUUCCUUCGAGGACUGUGGCUAUAGAAAGCACUUUACGUCUGUUGUCCCCACGCCUCGCCAUUGUUGAUGAACAAUUGUCUCGACAUUUACCAAGGCAAUGGUUGACAUCCCUAAAUAUUGAGAAGGCAGAAAGUGGAAAAUCUGUGGAUGAAGCAAUUACUGUCAUCGAGGCACCACGCCAGUCAGAUUUGAUGGUAGAGCUGAUUAAGAAGUUGAAUCCAGAGGUAGUAGUUACUGGAAUGGCUCAAUACGAGUCUGUCACGAGUUCCUCGUUUGAGCAUCUCUUAGACAUUACAAGAGAAAUCGGAUGUCAGUUGUUAUUGGAUAUAUCAGAUCACUUUGAGCUGUCUAGCCUACCAAGUUCCAAUGGAGUCUUUAAAUAUCUUGCUGGAAAUACUCUGCCUUCACAUGCAUCUAUUGUAUGUGGCUUGCUGAAGAACCAGGUUUAUGCAGAUCUGGAGGUGGCAUUUGUGAUAUCAGAGGAAGAAGCAAUGUUCAAAGCAUUAUGCAAGACAGUGGAACUUCUACAAGGGAGUACUUCUAUAAUUAGUCAGUUCUAUUACGGGUGCCUUUUCCAUGAGCUUCUAGCUUUUCAGCUUUCUGAUCGACACCCACCAGCACAGAGAAAUACUGCAACUACAAGAGCUUCUAAGGUCAACGGCUUCUCCACUUCCACCAUCUCCAUGCUCGAUCAUGCUGAGUUGGCAGUAAAUGAACCCGAUGAAUCUCGACUGGUGCAUAUGGACGUUGAUCAGAUCUUCUUGCCCAUAACUACACCUGUUAAGGCCUCCAUCUUUGAGAGUUUUUCAAGGCAGAACAUAACAGAAUCUGAAACUGACAUCACAAAUGGCAUCAAACAAUUGGUCAGCAGCAGUUAUGGCUUCCCGUCAUCCACCGACACGGAACUUGUAUAUGCCGACCGACCAAUUUCACUUUUCAGCAAGUUAGUACUGUGCUGUAUCCACGAAGGUGGUACCCUCUGCUUCCCAACCGGUACCAAUGGAAAUUACGUCUCUGCUGCAAAAUUUUUAAAUGCGAAAAUUGCAAAAAUUCAAACCAACCCAGGAGAAGGAUAUAAACUGACAGAAAAAACACUCACGGCUGCACUAGAGGGUGUUAAAAAACCAUGGGUCUACAUUUCAGGCCCGACAAUCAACCCCACAGGCUUACUUUACAGUAAUGAAGAUAUUAACAAAUUAUUAUCCGUGUGCGCCAAGUUUGGGGCAAGAGUAAUUCUGGAUACUUCGUUUUCGGGUGUGGAAUUUAACUCCAAGGGGUUCGAGGGGUGGGAAUUGGGACCAACCCUGGAAAAACUUUCCUCUGCUAGCUCAGCCUUUUGCGUUUCACUUCUUGGGGGAUUGUUCUUUAAAAUGCUGACGGGUGGGAUUAAUUUUGGGUUUCUGCUCAUCAACCAGCCUUUGCUGGUGGAGGCAUUCCAUAGCUUUGCGGGCUUGAGCAAGCCUCAUGGGACGACCAAAUACACUGUUAAGAAAUUGCUGGAUCUAAGGGAGGAGAAAAGAGGGGACCUGCUGAAUGCGAUUUCUGAACAGACGGAUAUUUUGGGUAGUAGAUAUAAGCAAUUGAAGCAGUUGUUCACUUCUUUUACAAUUUUCUGCAAGGAAAAAGAGGCACUGGAAAGUAAUGGAUGGGAUGUGCUCGAGGCUCAAGCGGGCGUAUCAAUCAUAGCAAAACCGACAGCUUAUCUUGGAAAGACCAUCAAGAUCAACAAAGGCAUGACCACCCAGGAAAUUAAGCUCGAUGACUUGAAUAUAAGAGAAGCCAUGCUUAGAAGCACUGGCUUGUGCAUCAACAGUGCCUCGUGGACUGGAAUCCCCGGUUACUGCCGUCUCACCAUUGCCCUGGAGGAAGGUGAUUUCAAACGCGCACUAGAUUGCAUUUCUAAAUUCAAAAGCUUAUUUGGUUAAGUAGAAUAAAGAAAAAAAGGAAAAUCACAUUUUUUGUUGCUUUUCCACUCAAACUCAGUAGUUAUUUCUUUUCACAACUUUGGUGUUGUGAGAUGAAUUUGUUCAGAGUGGCCGGAUAGUAAGAGCUGCUCUUGUUUACUGCAAACUGGAUUCUGCUUUAUGGCCCUUAUAUUUGAAUAAUUUGUUGCUUGGUUCAAAUAAAUGCAAUCUUCAUCAGACUUGGGAAUAACUUCACCCGAAAAAUCAUUCUAAACAAAAUACGAGAUGAAAUUACAAUUGAACUCAACAAAUGGUAGGGAAAAAAGGGUUUUUACGUAAAGGUAAUAGGACUGUAGAAAAAUCAAAACCCAUGUAGUUUCUCUAACCUUCCUCGAACCCCCUGUUCAUUUACUGAGAGUCGCCUGGUUUACUCCACCAUAUAAGGAUUGCUUGGUCCCUCGUAUGCGUUAUCUUCCCAGCCUUGAUCCAGUCGCCUAGACAUAAUUGGGCCUCUAAGCAAUCGGGAGACAUAGUUGAUUGUUUCUCGCUCAAUAUGUUGCCCUCUGUGUGAAAUACUUGCUCCUGGGCAACUGUCGAGGCCGGACAAGCGAGAACCUCUUUUGCCAUCCUUGAUAUCACCGGGAACCUGUCUUCGCUUGCAUGCCACCAUUGUAGCGUAUGCUCGAUAUUAGCAGUGAACGGAGUCUCUAGAUAAUUCUCGAGCUCGUGUUCUAGGAAUUUUUUCCUUUCUCUUCUCUUCUCUUCCAACACUUUCUUCAUAAAAUCUUCAUAGCACUUGAACUUCUUCGCACUAUUCCCAGUAUCCUGUGUUUUGGGUUCGGGUUCGGUAAACUUUUCACCAUACUUGGACUUGUACUCGUGGUAGAAAUUAUUCAAGUGCUGUCUAAUGUCGUUCUCGAUAAGAGUUGGUUCAGGCGAAUGCUCAUCUUUGACCGGGACGACUAACUGAUCAUAAUACGUCGUCAAAUGAUGUCCCAGAGCAUCGAGUCUAAUCCAAGGGUUGAAGACAAUAGCAAGUAAAUUGAUCAUUGGGAGGCUCACACAGUGUCUUCCUAAUCUGUUCCUCAUCGCCUCAACACAAUGCCUUAGAUCCUCAUCCUCCGAAAUCUGACUCAACUUCGAGCAAAGGAAUGCAAAAUAAUAUAAUGGUAAGCUCGCAUUCGAGUCAUCACCAUUUAACAUUAACUUGAUUCCACUAUCCAGCUGUUCGAGAAGACUGCAAACGUUUUCACACACCACCCAUUGAUUUGGACACAAGUGUAUUUCUCUGACAUUUUUCGCGAAAAAUGCGCACAACAGCUCUUUGUACUCGAGAGACUUUCGUAAUAACAAAUAAGUCGAGUCCCAACGUGUCGGGACCUCUCGUGAAAAUUUCUCGGGCUCCUUACUGUUGGCUUUGCAAAAUUUAACCCAC